AUUGAAUUCUGAAGAGAGAUGGUUUCAAGAAAUACCAAAUAUGACAAUAAAUAAAAGAGUGAGAAGAGAAGACAGAAUUUAAGACAUCAAGUUGUGUGUCCAACCAGCCAAGCUUAGAAGGGGGGAGAAAACUCAGCUCCCAAGUCGGUUCCAAUCUGCAAGUUGACAAUUUGCCGGCAAUUCUGCAUCUUUUCCCCACAUAUAUACACACACAAGAGGAAAAAUACCAGUCCUUUCUCCAGAUCUUUGAAAAGGAGAAGCCAUAGGAAGAAGGAUACCAGCUCUGGUUCUGUGAAGAGGAGAAAAGAGAAGAAGACAAUGGCGGGAGGGUCAUUCGGCCCAGCCGGGGUGGCCAAGGAGAGGGCACAGCAGUACCAAGGGAAGGUGACUGCCUCUGUCAUCAUUGCUUGUAUGGUUGCAGCUACCGGAGGCUCUCUCUUCGGCUAUGAUGUUGGAAUUUCAGGAGGAGUUACAUCCAUGGAUGGAUUUCUCAGCAAAUUCUUCCACAAUGUCUAUGAGAAAAAGCAGCAUGCUAAAGAAAACAACUACUGCAAGUACGAUGAUCAAGGGCUAGCAACUUUCACCUCUUCUCUUUACCUUGCUGGUUUGGUUGCAUCCCUGGUGGCAAGUCCCAUAACUAGAAGCUAUGGCCGCCGAGCUAGCAUUAUCAUUGGUGGCAUCAGUUUCUUCGUUGGAGCAUCAUUGAAUGCUGCAGCGGUCCAUAUAGCAAUGCUGCUGGCAGGCCGGAUCAUGCUUGGCAUCGGCAUUGGAUUCGGAAAUCAGGCUGUUCCACUCUACCUAUCAGAAAUGGCGCCAACCCAUCUUCGCGGAGGACUGAACAUGCUUUUCCAGCUGGCAACUACUCUCGGAAUCUUCUCAGCAAACAUGGUCAACUACGGAACCCAAAAGCUCGAGCCAUGGGGGUGGAGACUAUCUUUAGGAUUAGCCGCAGUCCCAGCUUUCCUCAUGGCAGUAGGCGGAAUGCUUCUUCCAGAAACACCCAACAGCUUAAUCGAAAGAGGGCAAGAAGCAAAGGGAAGAAAGGUCCUGGAAAAAAUCAGAGGAACAAGCAAUGUGGAUGCAGAAUUCGAGGACAUGGUUGACGCGAGUGAGAUGGCCAACUCAAUCAAGCAUCCAUUCAGAAAUAUUCUUGAGCGAAGAAACAGGCCGCAACUGGUUAUGGCUAUCUGCAUGCCAGCAUCCCAAAUCAUGACAGGCAUUAAUGCAAUCCUCUUCUAUGCUCCAGUGCUGUUUCAGAGCAUGGGGUUUGGGAAAGAUGCAGCCCUUUACUCCUCGGCCUCAACAGGAGCUGUUCUGUUCUUCUCAACCUUCCUUUCCAUCGCUGCAGUUGAUAAAUUAGGCAGGAGGAUGCUACUCAUCAGUGGCGGAAUCAUCAUGAUCAUCUGCCAGGUGACUGUCUCCAUAAUCCUGGGGCUGAAGUUCGGAACAAAUGAGCAUCUCUCGAAAGGUUACUCGGUCCUGGUUGUGGUAGUCGUUUGCCUUUUCGUGCUGGGAUUCGGAUGGUCGUGGGGUCCUCUCGGUUGGACUGUACCAAGCGAAAUAUUCCCACUGGAGAUACGAUCAGCUGGACAAAGCAUUACUGUAUCGGUGAACUUUCUCUUCACGUUCAUCAUCGGCCAAUGCUUCCUCUCCAUGCUGUGCGCAUUCAAGUUCGGCAUCUUCCUCUUCUUUGCCGGCUGGGUCACCCUCAUGACAGCAUUCGUCUACUUCUUCCUGCCUGAAACAAAGGGAGUCCCCAUCGAAGAGACAGUGCUCCUGUGGAGAAAACAUUGGUUCUGGAAGAAGAUAGUUGGAGAGGAGAUGGAAUCCCGGGGGACUCCAAACGGCAAUGCAGUGGAAAUGGAUGAGGCAGUAAGAAACAUUCAAUAGCCUAUGUCACCUCUCGAUUUGUACAUAGCAUGCAUUAUUUAGCAGUCAACAAAAGAAACUUCUCAGCAAUAUAGCUAUAUGACCUCAUGAAUCCUACCAUUGCACCAACAAUUAGUAUAUUUUUAUCUCAUCCUAAAUGAAUAAGACAUUUGUCCUGAAACAUAUGCUGCUGCUUUAUGCUCG